AUGAUCCGUGUCAACUGGAUGGUCAUUGUCAUCUGGUUAUACUGGCUCAAGGAGUUCUUCCAGGCCUGGCCUGUCACUCUGGAUCCGGACCCUGCCCACCCCAUCCUUGCCGUGUCCCAGGACAGGAUGAGUGUGGCCCUGAAGGACCCCACUCCAUGCUUGGCCGGCCUCUUCUGUGUGUUAGGCAGGGAAGGCAUCUCCUCUGGAAGACAUCACUGGGAGGUAGAGAUACAGAAUGGAGACAGCAGCAGGAGGACUCUGGGGUCUUUAGGGGAGGUAUGGAGGAAAGGCUGGUGCUCUGAGAGUCCAGAGAAGGUUUGGACUGUGGGUCGGUCUAGUAGUGGACACUGUGCCUACAUUGACACUGGGAGGGCUUCAUUGUCCAUUCGGGAAGCUCCCCAGAGUGGGGUGUUUGUGGACUACAGCGAGGGUGACAUCUCCUUCUACAACAUGAGUGACAUGUCCCGCAUUUUCCCCUUCCAUGAAGCUUCCUUCUCGGGGACUCUUUUUCCAUACUUCAGGAUUAAGUCUGGAAAUGUUUCAGUGACGCUCAGCUCCAUGGCAAGUGUGUCUAAGGGGAAUUAUGGCGAAGAGGGGGACAAGAGGAUGGAAGAGAGAGAAGGGGGAAAGGGAGUACAAGAAAGAGUGGAAGAAAGAGAGGAAAGAGGCUAUUUUUGUUUCCCUUUGAAGGAGUCUCUGUGUCCCCCAGGGCAGGGCCUGGGUCCAGGCUCUUGUGUUGUGGACUGUCUCCCAGGGGAAGAACCUCCUUUCCUCCAUCAUCCUGGUGACACCUUGUUUCCACAGUGUGUCACUGCCUCUAAGCUGUCAGUGUGA